AGAUUUCCACAGAAACAAUCCUAGCUUCAAUGGAAUGUUUGAAUACGAGGAGUAUAUCUCAUUAAGAGCUGUUAAUGACCCAAAUGAAGGCUAUGACUCUAUCCUUCAAUUAAUGGAAUUGCAAGAUGCUAUUGAGGACUUUCAAAAGCUCAUCUUUGCCUCCAUUAACCAAACCCCCGAUAACUUGUGCAAGGUCAGUGCAUUAGUCCCAUUGAUUAGUGAAGCAUAUGGUAUUUACAAAUUUUGUACUUCUAUGUUGCGAGCAAUGUACCAACAAUUGGGAGACGACGAUGCCUUGCAAGCAUUGUUUGAAAAAUUCGAUUCACAACAUUUUGUUUUGAGAGACUUUUUCACUGAUUGCAACUCAAUUAAGUUUUUGACUACUUUAGUCUCCAUCCCGAGAUUACCGAGCUCUCCUCCAAGCUUGAAAGUUGGUGACGGUGAAACCAGCAUCUUGAGACCCAAAUCGAAUGGUACCGAAAGUUCUACUCCACAAAUUUCGUCUCAACCUACUUCGACAUUUGUUCCUCCUCAAACGCCCCCUGCUUCUGACCUGAUCUUUCUCCAACAAACAGGAGUUUUCGACCAGCAGUUAGCUGAACAACAAAGGUACCAGCAAGAAUUAGAAGCUCAGCGUCAACAGCAACUUCAGGAUCAAUUAUCGCAGCAGCAGGCAUUUCAGCAACAACAACAAGAACAACA